AUGACAAUGCACGAAGAGUUAAAAUUGAUCAUUCAGAAAUGUCUAAAUACUGGUAUUGAUCACCAUACCACAGUACCAACACAGAGACCGGCCAAGGAGGUGAGAACAGCUUGUGUAGCUGUCAUUAUUCGCUGGAAAACCGCUCAUGCAAGAAAUGACACACAACCACGACAUCAGCAAAAUAAGAGCCAUGACUUUCAGCUGGACGAGUUUUUUGACCUACCUUGGAUAAAACAAGGUCAAGGACAAGCUGAGAUGUUAUUCAUACAACGAGCUUCUCAAUCAGGAGACCUGUGGUCAGGACAUAUCGCAUUCCCUGGGGGUAAAAAUGAACCGACAGAUAGAACAGUCUUGGAUACUAUUGUUCGGGAAACCAGAGAAGAAAUAGGAGUGGAUCUGAGCUCAACGAACGACUUUGCCUUUGUUGGCACUCUCCCUGCCAAAAAAAUCAAGUACAAUACGAUCCAAAAGAAACUGGACAUGACUUUGAUACCAUUCGUCUUUUUACAAUUGACGCCCGUGACGCCUAAAUUAAUGCUACAAAAAACUGAAGUAGCAAAUACUUACUGGGUACCUAUUACUUAUUUAUCAAGCAAUCCUUUGGUGCCCUAUAAUCCUAUCACCAAUACAAGCGCAAAAAACCAGGACAAUUUAGAUGCCAUCUCACUACUAAACAAUAACGAUAGCCCUUAUCUAUGGGGAAUGACAUUGCGAAUUGUUCAAGAAGUCCUGGGUUUGCCCAUAUCACCACCGCCGGUGUUCACUGCCGAAAGGAUUGAGACUUAUCGAGUCGCUUCCAAGAUUUAA